UCUCGGACGAUGUCGAAAGGAGCGGAACUAAUUUUAUGGCGACGUUUUUUUUUUAAAUGGGAAAUGAGUGUAGUAUCAGCUGUCCCGAAAUGUGAAUUGUGACAAUUCGCGGAAUAGUUGGUUAUUUAAAUUUUGUGAAUAUUAAAUAAUAGAACUCUGCGGCGUUUGAUUAAUUGAUCGGUCUCUAGAAAACGGUAGUGAAAUGGCCUAACUGCUAGUACGAGGGGUAAAUCGAUCUUUUUUCUGAUUAAGUAUGACGUUCAUAAGCCUGUCCUCUGAUGAACUUGGUGCGCAAACUGCGAGGUAGCGGUAUAUCCGCAGCUGUUGCCUCAACCUCAGAUUCAACGAUGGGAGAUCCAUCUUCAACGCAUACGCAACUUGGUCUUAUGCACCUUAAGAAGUUGUUCUUGGAAUACAUGCAUCCAUCACACCCUCUAACGGAUAAAGAAAAGGAUGACAAGUUGUACAACAUGCUGCCUCUUUUUUGCAAAGUAUUUGGCUCAAGUCCAACGAGCGACAUGAAUGAAAAAUUUUGGGAUAUCCUAUCGUUUUGCCACCAGGUCUCGCUCCUGAUGGCAUCUGAGAUUAGGAAACGUGCCUCCAACCAAAGCACAGAGGCAGCCAGUGCCGCCAUUGCCAAAUUUUUGGAAAUAGAAAACUGCGAGGAAUCAAGUAACGGUUGGAUGCUUCUGUCCACCCUCAAUUUGUUGGCCGCUGGGGAUGGAACUUUAGUACAGGUGAUGACCGAAGUGUCUGUACCGUCGACAUUGGUAAAAUGUCUUUACCUAUUCUUCGAUUUGCCAGAAAUUUGCGAAAAUGAAUCAAACAGUAAAGACAAUAAUAGUGACUUCACGCCAAUGGAAAGGAGAAUACUUUUACAAAAAAUCUUUGUGCAGCUUUUGGUUAGGCUGUGCAGUCAUCGCAUACCUGCAGAAGAACUGGCCAAAAAAGACGACUUGACGUUGCUGUUUUCCGCAAUAACUUCGUGGUGUCCAUCUUACAAUGUAAUGUGGCGGAAAAGUGCGGCGGAAGUUUUGAUGACAUUAUCGAGACACGGUCUCACGCCACCGGUCGUAGGUUACAUUCAUUCCAAGUCCUGUGUAGCCCUGUGCAUAGAAAACAUGAAAAAAGUACCUGAAUUGGCCCCGUUGGAACUCGUCGAAAUGUUCGUUACUGUUUUUUGUUUUUUAAAAGACUCGAGUGAAGUGUCGUCGGUUUUGUUGGACGACUUUCGGCAAGCCCAGGGAUACGUUUUCCUCUCAGAUUUUCUAUUAAAGCUAGAAAAUGAAAAAUCCAGCGAGUCCCAAGAAUCCGUAAGAAAUCUUGUGCUAAUGAUAACUUCAUUGUGCAUGUGUGGAUAUAUCGAAUUGAAACCGUCGCAGGCAUCCACGGGAUCGCUGUUUCAAAUGCAGGGUUUUAUCCUCCCGCAGCCUUCGGGCCGAGGAACCAGCGUCAGGAACAUUCAAGCAUUCCACGUGCUUCAGAACACGUUUAUCAAAUCUAGCUCGACGUUGGUUUGUAACACCAUUUUGGACGCGAUAUCGAGCAUAUAUCAUUCUGAUAAUGCCAAUUAUUUCAUUUUGGAAAAUCAGAACACCCUGAGUCAGUUCAUUGAACGGAUACACUACAAACCGGCUGAAAUACAGCAGAAGUCGUUCGAGUUGGUGGAGUUCUUGGUAUUUUCCUUGAACUUCGUGCCGUGCAAGGAGCUGAUAUCAAUGUCGAUUUUUUUAAAGUCGCACAGCAUAAACUAUGUGGAGUGCAGCAUAUUGUGUAUGAGGACGCUUCUCGAUAUUCUCAAACAUAAUGUUCUCUUCAAAGACGUUUACCGCGAGGUCGGGCUGUUGGAAGUGUUCGUGACCCUACUGACGCGCUACGGAAACCUUUUAGAAAACAAAAAAUCGGCCAAGCUUAAGAGUAAAGAGAGUCCGUUAGUUCCAUCGCAAGAACGGCUGGGCGGUUUGGUCACCGAGGCCAUAACGCUACUUGUCAAUGGCAACGCCGCAAAUGCUAACGUUCUCAGAGAAUGCGGUGGUGCCAAAUGCGUGCAUGGUCUAGUUCAGUACGUUGAAUGUCGAUACGCCAUUUUGGGGAUCAUUAAAGAGUUGGUGUUGGCUGGCGGGGGAGACGAAGACAUGGGCCAUCUUUUGAACACUUUACAUUCAGCACCGAGAACGGAAUUAGAUUUAAAGAUAGAUAUUUUAGAGGCGUUACGAUUAUGUCUUAAGGAAUCGCACCGCACUAGGACUGUGUUCAGAAAGGCAAAUGGAUUUGUGUAUGUAACAAGUGUCUUGGUGGCACUCGAAGGCAGACUGUACCGGAAAGAAACAAAUCCGCAAGUUUUGAAUUUACUAUAUCUAGUUUUUCAAACGAUAUGCAUUGCGAUGAGAUUCGAACCCGCAAACGCCAAGUUUUUCUACCACGAAAUAUGCCGGACUAGCCUGUGCGAUACCUUGAGGUUGCUCGGGUGUUUCUCAGCUCAGAAAGUCGAUAGCAUCAGCGAAAGCGAUUUUGAGCCGUCCUCUAACAGUUGCCAUGAGGUUUUCCACAAGCUUUUUAUAGGGUCGGUUACAAAUCCCAUUAUCACCGAUGAUAUUUCGCCCUCGUUGACCUACACAACUAUCAUCUACAGGCUGUUAUACGAUUUGGCAUUAGAUCUCUUUGACAGGCAAAACGUAAAUGGCAAUAUUUUUUCAAUCAAAUCGCCGCCACUAUCAAGAGAAUCAAGCGAUUGUCAGGCAACAGUGAAUAAUAAUAUAAAGGAUAACAAACGUUCAAAUAUAAACAGUUUAAAUUUAAGUCCUCCAUCUCCGGAUCCCAUUAUAGUUCAUCCUGGUGUUGUGAUCUGUAUGUUGCAACUCCUGCCGUGUAUCAAUGACGAAAAUUACGAAACAUACGUGAACCUUCAGCAAUACAUAGCGGAAGUUAUUAAAUCUUUAGUGAGAAACGAACGUAAUCAGCAAAUUAUGUGCGACAAAAACUUCGUGAGCUACCUUUUAGAGAUAGGAGCGGCCCCUUUGCAGAACGAAAAUCAUCCAAUACACAAUCCUUUUCAAUACAUGCUGGAGAGGCUUGCUGCCCAAGCCUUGGAGCCAAUCGACUUGAGAACUUUUCUGCGAUUGGGAAACCCUCUUUGUUGCCUGCCUUUGGGAUCUACCGAGCAGGGUGGGGGUCCCGUGCCUUUGACGCGCGUCAAAACUAUAGUGUCCAUGACCACCCCCAAGGAUUUCCGAGCACAAUCUUCUUACACCCUUCCACCGUUUGUCGAAUUUGAUAUGUCCGCCGAAGGCUUCGGUUGCCUCUAUUUGCCGAGUAUAGCGCCACAAUCGCCCAACGGUCCUAGCGUGGUCUCUACCGUAGAUAGCAGCGUAUUGGGUGGAAUAGGUUCUGGCGAUCGUCUAUUUCCACCCCAAACUGGCCUAAGCUACUCGAGCUGGAUAUGUGUCGAAAAAUUUUCCGAUCCCAGAACUGAUCCACAUUCAGUGCAUUUGCUUACGCUCGUGAGAAGCUACAAUGGCGGAAGGGAAGACCACUUGGUUUGCUUGUCCAUCGUGCUGUCAACUAGAGACAAGGCUUUCAUUAUAUCCACCCAGGAAACCAGAGUUCCAAAUAAUAUAAAUGGUGACUGGGAACCGGACGGCACGGGAGAACACGGCGCAAGAGUUUGGUGCCCCGAUAUCCUUCAGGAAGGUCAGUGGCAUUACGUGGUGGUGGUUUUGAACAGAGCUGUUCUAAAAAACUCCUCGUUUUCCCUAUACCUCGACGGGCAACAGAUUCACACGCAAAAAAUGCAUUAUAUAUCUCAAAAUCCUGGAGGUCCCGCCGCUAAUUUGAAUGUGGCUACCUCCGUUUACGGUUACAUUGGAACUCCACCCGCAUGGAGAAGGUAUUCUAGGUUGUGCUGGAAGCAAGGUCCGUGUCAUUUGUUUGAAGAGGUCUUGACUCCAGCAACGGUCGCACAGAUGUACCAACUGGGUCCCCAUUAUAUGGGCUCGUUCUUAGCACCAAAUUUCUCCACCGUCGAUCCUGUUCAGCUUGUAUCAGAAGAGAAAGUUGUUUUCGGAUUAAAUGCCAAGGCCGUGUCGCAGCUAACUUUGAAUAAAAUUCGAAAAGUGUACAGCAGAACCGACAACAAGUCAAUAGCUAAACAGUUGGGGAUGUCGAGUCACGAGAGCGCAACCCCUAUCAGAAUCCUUCAUAACUCCGCGGGUCACUUGGCUGGCUCUGCUAGAACCCUUGGAGGUGUUGUUAUCGGUUAUCUGGGCGUACGAGUGUUUUGUCCCCGGCCGGUAGCCACCACCGUCGACACGGUAGGUGGAUGCUCGGUUCUCUUGGGGCUCAUAGCCAUGGCGCAAGAUGUGGAGAGCCUUUACGCAGGGGUAAAGGCUUUGGUUUGCGUCGUGCGCAGCAACAAAGUGGCGCAAGCGGAAAUGGACCGCCGGCGCAGCUAUCAGACGUUGGCCAUGCUGUUGAGACGUAAAAGACAUUUGCUCAAUUCGCAUAUUUUGCAUUUAGCGUUCGGAUUAGUCGGAACGGUGGACAGCGGCAGGGAGUCGUCUGCCAUACCUAACCGACUGGCAUUCCAAGAUUUGCUCUGCGAUCUCGAAGUGUGGCACGAAGCUCCCGGCGACCUCUUGCGAUCACACCUGGAGCACCUUUACGAAUUGGCCUCCGAAUCCAAUGAAAAACGGCACAAUACUUGGGUGAUGAGGGAUUUAAAUUUGGUCGAAAAACUUCUCUACGUUAUUUUGGAAGUAAAACAUCCGGCCACCAGGCAGGUCCUUUUCUCUCUUCUGACUGUGCUGCUGGGAAGUCAGCCCAGAGCUAAUGAUUUAUUGUUAUUUGGUCAAUUUAUAACGUCGACGAUACCCCAUUUGACUCCAGUUAACGAAAGAAGCAUCAUCCUUAAAGAAGGCGACGCCGAAUCAGAAAAUAUUUUGCUAAGAAAUAAGUGUUUGACCAUUUUACACUCUCUAGUGUUUUCGAGCCGAAACCAAGUCGGUGAAGAAAUUUCUAAAGUGCUGGGUUUUGAUUGGCUGUUACUACUAAUGCAACCCAAUCUGCACUCUACCACCAUAGUGUGGGCGUUUCGCAUUUUGGUAGCAGUAUGUUCGAGUCCCUUCUUAAUAUCGCGAUUCCGAGAAGGUUCGAGCAAUGGAGGGUGGCUUCGACACAUCGAACAAGUAACCCACAACAAAAUGGCGGUCGUUCUUGGCUGUUCGAUCAACGGUUCCAUCAUAGGGAACAACGAGUUAAGAUCGGAAGCCGUGCACAUUCCGGGUUUCCAAUACUUGAAGUGGUUUCUCAACGCGCACCUGGACGUUCCGGAACUUUACUUUCUCUUGACAGCCCUAAUGCUGGGUCAGCCGGCGAAACUAUUACCGGCCGACACCAAGUUUGAUUUGGAUACGGUGUGGGCGUUCCUGUGGGGAGGCUCGAUAAACAACCAGCCUAUAAACAGUGUCGUUCCCAGGAUUAACCUAUGCUCUGAGGCGGUGGUGGUGCUGCUGGACAUGAUGAGGCACUUGGUGCACUCGGAUCCGUCCGCCUUUCCGGAGUGGUUACAAGACCAUGCUGUCUCGAUAAUACAGGUUCUCUUUCAGUUAUAUCACAAUAUGCCUGAAUUUAUGCCGAUAUUUAUGUCGUCCGAGGUGCUGACGGCCUUGGCCAGUGUUCUUUUUCCGUUGCCCAAUCAUUCGGAAGACAGCCCGACUAGUAGUGGCGCGUCUACACCGGGUGGCGAUGAGGCAUGCGAAAAUUUGGUGUUAAUCUCGAAUAGCCCGUCGGACGACGAGCCUUUAACGAUUCACCCUGCCAGACAGUAUAUCGUGGAUUUUAUCAGGGUGAUUGCGGUCGAUGCUUUGAGUUUGUCGAAUACCGGCAAAACUCCGCCUAUAAUAGACUUGGUUCUCGAUGCGUAUCCCGAGAAUUCGACCAAUCAUCAGCAGGUCGCGUAUCAGACAGAGAUUUUGGUGACGUUAAUGGAACACCUUUUAGCUGCGGAUAUGCUAGUAGGUGACCAGGCCGCCAUACCCAUAGUGCCUCUCGCAAACGCGCACAUUCAACACGUGGCGCCCAACGUCUUUUAUCUUACGGCUCGCAUCGUCGAUAAGUUGUGGCAGGGGGCGCUCGACAGGGAUCCGCACGACGUGUUCGAUUUCAUCGUUAAACUCAUCGGGCAGGCGAAAAGGAGAACCGGGAACUUGAGUUUGGAAAACCUCCAUCAUUGCCUCAACAGGACUAUAUUGUAUCUGUUAUCGAGAAACACAGAAUCUAUAGCCGAUCAAAUGUCAGUGUUAGAGGCGCUUCACAAGCUGACCACCAACAGGUUGAUAGUAUUCGGCGCGGGCAAUCACGAAUUAGACUUCAUAGGAUGUCUUACUUAUUGCUUGCUCCAAUUAACGGCCGAUAUGCGAAUAGCGUUAGAAACUGGCGCGUCGGGUCCGAAAACUACGUGGCACGUAAACCCUGGCCAAGACGUCGAAUCCCGUGACGAAUUUCUGAAUUCGCACCAGGGUCGAAAUCUGAUGGCAACUGCGGCAUCGCGCGUCUGGGAAGAACUAUACGUUUGCAAGAAACCUGCGAUCGAAGAAGUUUUUAAGGUAACAUUAGCGCCGCCGGGCUCCUGUUCUAAAGCACCAGAUCUGUCCACGGUUCGAGAACAAGUCUACGAUGCGGCGAUUAGGCUUUGGUUGAAUUAUAUCGAUGCCGAACGUAAGGCCACCUACAGGGUGCCCUGGGAACUUCACAAUCAGAUCCAGUCGAAAAUCCACAAGGUCACCGGCGGUUUAACGCGCUUGGCAAGCCGAACGAAGGUCAGGAAAGAGGAAACUACCAGGAUGAGAAUAAGAAUGGGGCGGAGGCAGGCUUUGGAGUGGAUGGCCAGCCAUAUCGGCCUAAUAAAAGAUCUGAUAGAGUUGAAACGGCAACAACACCAGAACACUACGCACCACACUCAGAGGUACGUCCAUCAGGAGUGGCUACAAACGGAAGUCGAACUCACUAGGGAGAGGGGGUUGUGGGGUCCUCCGGUGCCGUGCCCUUUGGACAAAUGGAUGUUAGACAUGACCGAAGGUCCCCACAGGAUGAGAAAGAAAGCGAUGAAGAACGAACUGUUUUAUGUGCAUUACCCGUAUAGGUCUGAUUAUGAAAGAGGGCUGCUAAAGUAUAAGGUGGCAACAAGCUACCACAGCAAAGACUAUUACCAGGCACUGCAGCUCAGGCAACAUAAUGGAGUAAGCGGUUUAACAGCCGAUCCGCCGGAAAGAUCGGAUAGCGUUACCGAUGAACCUUCACCGUUGCCCUAUACCGCCCUUCCUCAUCUAGCGAGGCUGACGUCGGAUAAUGAAGAUCAACCCGAAGAAAACGAUAACGAGGAGGAACAACCGUCGACUCCGCCAGACAAUCAGACGCUUUUACGGUUACUCGAGCAUAAUGAAAAAAUUAGUUACAUGUUCAGAUGUGCCCGAAUCCAAGGAUUAGACACCACGGAAGGUUUGUUGCUGUUCGGACAGGAACACUGCUACGUCGUAGAUGGAUUUACGUUGCUGAAAAACCGGGAAAUUCGAGACAUUGAUGGGGUGCCUAACAACGCCCAUGAAUACGAACCGAUCUUGCCGAAUCCUGGGUCGCCGAGACGAUCAAGAGCCAUGAGACAAUGCUCGAAAUUCUCUUACGACGAUGUACGGGAAGUUCAUAAAAGAAGAUACCUUCUUCAGCCAAUGGCCCUGGAGGUAUUUUCGGGAGACGGUAGAAAUUACUUAUUGGCUUUCCCGAGAAAACAAAGAAAUAAAGUGUAUCAGCGUUUUAUGUCGACGGCAACCGGUAUCGCGGAUAGCGCGCAACAGUCGGUUGCGGGACAAAAAAGAACAGCAAACGUUGAACAAGCUACGAGCUUGCUGAGCAAUCUUAUUGGGGAAACAAGUGUGACCCAGAGAUGGGUACGAGGGGAAAUAUCAAAUUUUCAAUACCUGAUGUACCUCAACACUCUAGCCGGUAGAUCGUAUAACGACUUGAUGCAGUACCCUGUUUUCCCGUGGAUAUUGGCGGAUUAUGAUUCGGAAGAUUUGGAUCUGACAGACCCUUUAAGUUUUCGAGACUUUACCAAGCCCAUGGGUGCUCAGAGUGUGGAAAGAUUAGAACAGUUCAGAAAACGGUUUAAAGAAUGGGACGACCCCCACGGUGAAACCCCACCCUAUCAUUACGGAACUCAUUAUUCCAGCGCGAUGAUAGUAUGUUCCUACCUCGUGCGGCUGGAACCGUUCACUCAACAUUUUCUCAGGCUCCAAGGUGGUCAUUUCGACUUGGCUGAUCGGAUGUUUCAUUCCGUAAAAGAAGCUUGGUUGUCGGCUUCGAAGCACAAUAUGGCCGACGUGAAGGAACUCAUUCCGGAGUUCUUUUAUUUGCCGGAAUUUUUGGAAAAUUCCAACCGGUUCGAUUUGGGCGUUAAACAAAAUGGCGUCGCCUUGGGCGAUGUCGUAUUGCCACCUUGGGCCAAACAAGAUCCGAGAGAAUUCAUAAGAGCUCACAGGAUGGCUUUGGAAUGCGAUUAUGUGUCUCAAAAUUUGCACCAUUGGAUCGAUCUUAUUUUUGGAUACAAACAGCAAGGUCAGACUGCUGUCGAUGCCAUCAACGUUUUCCACCAUUUGUUUUACGAAGGCAAUGUUGACAUCUACAACAUCGACGAUCCCCUUAAAAAGAAUGCCACCAUCGGCUUCAUCAACAAUUUCGGUCAGAUACCGAAACAGUUAUUCAAAAAACCACAUCCGUGUAAAAAAAUGGGAGGGGCGGGCAACAGAACUUCCGUUAUAGACACUGGGUCGUUAGUUCAGGCGUUCAGCCUUCCCCAGCCGGAAAAAUUAUUUUUUCACCAUCUUGACAAUUUGAGGCCUUCUUUGCAGCCUAUUAAAGAGGUCAAGGGUCCGGUAGGCCAAAUUCUCCAUAUCGACAAGACUGUAUUAGCUGUAGAACAGAAUAAGGUUUUAAUGCCUCCUUCGUUCAGUAAGUACGUAGCGUGGGGCUUCGCGGAUCAUUCUAUUCGAAUAGGCAAUUACGACAGCGACAAGGCCAUUUUCGUGUCAGAGAGUGUCGAACAAAAUAUGGGCGAAAUUUUGGCGUGCGUGUGCGCGUCGCCGAAAAUUAUCAUAACCGCGGGAACCAGUUCCGUCGUCACCGUUUGGGAGUAUGACGUUAGGAAAAAAUCGAUCUGCAUCAAGCACAAUUUGUACGCCCACACGGACGCCGUAACCUGUUUGGCCGUCAGUCCCGCCUAUAAUGUCAUAGUUUCUGGAUCGAGAGAUUGUUCGGCGAUCAUAUGGGACCUGUCGCGGGGCGUUUUCGUCAGGCAACUUAGAGGUCAUGCAGGGCCAAUAGCGGCAGUUGCCGUUAACGAACUCACCGGGGAUAUAGCGACGUGUGCUGCCACCUGGCUCCACGUGUGGAGCAUAAACGGGUGCCCUCUGGCGGCGGUUAACACUUGCGUCGGACGCGCCGACCGCAUGCAACAAAUCCUUUGCGUGGCAUUCUCACAGGCGCACGACUGGGACCCCCUAAACGUCAUUAUGACGGGUUCUACAGAUGGCGUGACGAGGAUGUGGUCUAUCGAUUACGUCCAAGUGCCCAUCGAGGAGGGUUCGGCCACGCCCACUCACAGGAUGCAGUCGCCGAAACACAAACCGAAUCAGGAAAUAACCAACGAACCGGUAAAACCGAUUUCUGCGCACCACCGAUUGGUGAAGCAGAUCCACGUGGCUAGCGACGGAAGCCUCAUUAAAUCAGGGUCUGAGAGUAGCCUCUCCGAAGAUAUCACGCAUAAACGCACAGUCGAUAUAAAUAUAUCCGAGGAAGGAAGCACAAAAGAGCGGCAAAACGAACAGCAAGAGGAGAAGGAAACAUGCAGUGACGUCGAAGAGUCAGUACCACCGGUCGCGCCCGCGAGAAGAAGGCGGUCCCGAGUUCACGCGGGAUUUAGGAAGAGCGAGGGUGGCAAUAGCGCUGACAGCGCAAGUUUAGAUGUCGACGAUGGUUCGGGAUUGCGCGCCAGCAAAUCCGACACCAGCUUAACGGACUCGUUCAUAAUUAUCGACGCGAAGAAAAAAAGUGUUAAUCCGUUGCACGUACUUCGAACAGGCUUCAAAUGGCAAAGACAACUAGUUUUUAGAAGCAAAUUAACCAUGCAUACGGCAUACGAUAGGAAGGAUAACGCGGAACCAGCUUCUAUCACCGCGUUGGCAGUUUCCAAGGACCACAGAGUGGUGUACGUAGGGGAUACCAGAGGUCGCGUCUUUUCGUGGUCAGUGUCGGACACGGUCGGCCGAGCAGCUGACCAUUGGCUAAAGGACGAGGGUGCUGAAGGUUGUGCGAAUUGUAACGUAAGGUUUACACUUUACGAAAGGCGACAUCACUGCAGGAACUGCGGGCAAGUGUUUUGCUCGAGGUGUUCAAGGUUUGAAAGCGAGAUUUCGAGGCUGCGAAUUUUAAAGCCGGUAAGGGUUUGUCAGGCCUGUUACGCGGCUUUGAAAGGUGAAAAAUAAUUCACUUUUACACUAAGGAUAUCAUAGGAAACUUACAAUAUUAAGAACAAUAUUUAACUGUACAAAAUCAUAUUUGUAGAGAGUUGGAUAUAUUUUGUAGGUAAUUUAUUAAGAGACACAGUUCUCGAAUAAAGGAGAAGUAUUAACCAACAGGGCUGAUUGUAAAGAAUUAUUUUGUAAAAUGAAUUCAGUUUUUUUUUAUAUAUGAUGGAACUUGGUGGUGGAGAUUAACUGAAACUGAAAUUUUUAUGCGGGGGACUUGGACUGUUGAUUUUUCCUUUUACAAAAGCGGUCAAUUCACUAGCAAAUUUUUUUCAAUUUUCUGGUUGUGAUAUUUUCUUUCGAAAGCGCUCUCUCGUCUGUUAUGAACCUGAUAGUGGAAGGUAUUUUGAUGUGGUAUCCAAAUUACUUGAAUGAUUUUAAUUUCUCAAUAUUUAAAAUGAAAUAAAAAACGCGAACACUUAACCUUAUCACUAGCGAUAAUUUUUGGGUUUUGGAUGGGCAGAUAAUAGUUUUUUGUGCUAAACAAACAACCUUCAUGAAGUAUUAUCUACCAUGUAGUCUUAGAUGAGACAAUAAAUAUUUUACCAAAUAAUUUUUGGCUGCGAUACCUGAUUCAAAACUUAUUAUUCAAUUAUUAUUGUUAUAGACUCCGUUCGACGGUUUUCAAUUCACAGUCGCGUAUUUUCGUGGCCGCGAAUUAAAAUACAUUUCUGGCAUUUUGAAUUUCUAAAAAUUUUACAUGUAGAAGUGUAUUUUAGGCGGGUAUACAAUUUAAGCGGAGCAUUGUAUUGUAUUCUACAAAGAACUCCUGCCUAGAAACUGAUAAAUUCGGUCCCCUGUAGAAUAAAUGUGUACACAUAAUAAUGCUAAUUAUAUAUAUUUAUAUAAAUUGUAAUGUAUUAUAUAGAACCAACAAUUAUGAUGUUAAAUAUAAUAGAAAUAAUUUGAUGUUAAUUGAAAGUGUUUCUGGCCUGUUUUAGAUUUGUUUUGUUUGCAAUUGAUUGUUUUCACUUUUUUUUUUGGACAUAUUUUUACGAUAAUUAGGAAUUCUAGUCAAUUCAUUUGAAAACCCAAUUUUGAGCAAGUUGCAUAAUGGAUAUAAAUGAAGAAGAUGCAAAAACAUUAAAUUGUAUACAAAACAUUUUUUUGUUGAUUUUGUUUUAACUUAAAUGAAAAUUUAUUAUUGGUUAUUACCUUUCAUAUUUUAUAUAUUAUUUAUUAUGAAUUAAGGUUUGUCUAUCGUUUUCCAUUUUUAUUUGGAUACAUUUUGUUUUCCUCAAUUUUAUAUAAUAGAAUAUAAA